AUGGAUUCGCGGGAGCCAAAGAAAAUGAAAACUAAAGAGGAUACGAGUAAAGAAAGCAUGACGAACAGCCGCAGGUCAUCGGAAUAAACUUCUGUGGGUCUACGCCUCUGAUGUUGCGUGAGGACGAGUUGAAAGCAGCCCUAAACUGGGCAUCAUAGGGACCUUGGUGGGUUCUCUGGCCCGACAACCUAGGCAGAACACCCGGCUGGGGAGACUCCUCGAGCUGCUGUCGGAGGAGGGACGACUGCUGGCGGACAUGGGGAGAGCUACAGUUUGUCCUGACUCAACAGUAAAUACUUUUGUCACUUGUUCAGUACUUUCACAUGUAGUAGUGAUGCUAUAAUAACUAAUUGGCUGCUAAUACUUUGACAUUACAAUUUGUGCUGUAUAAAUAAAGCAAUUGGUGGUUGGGAUUGUAAAAGACUCUGUCAAAGCUAAAGCCUACCGCUAAAGCUAUCUGUAUCCAUUGGAUGCAGUGAUCACAAUAUAGUGGCUAUAUCCAGGAAAGCCAAAGUUCCAACAGAUGGCCCUAAAAUAGUGUAUAAGAGAUCAUACAAAAGAUUUAGCUGUGACUCUUAUGUGGAUGAUGUUAAAAAUAUUUGUUGGUGUAAUGUGAUUAAUAAGAAGCAUCCAGACGCUGCACUUGAUGAAUUUAUGAAAUAGCUUCUUCCAAUUAUUGAUAAACAUGCACCUGUUAAGAAACUGACUGUUAGAACUGUUAAGGCUCCAUGGAUCGAUGAGGAAUUGAAAAACUGUAUGGCUGAAAGAGAUGGGGCAAAAGGAGUGGCUAAUCAGUCUGGCUGCACAUCUGACUGGCUGACUUACUGCAAAUUGAGAAAUUAUGUGACUAAACUCAACAAAAAGAAGAAGAAACUGUAUUAUGAAGCCAAGGUCAAUGAUGGGAAAAAAUGUUUUGAGUACUUUAAAUGAAAUUAUGGGCAGAAAGACAAAUUCAACUCCAUCUUUCAUCGAAUCAGAUGGCUUAUUCAUCACAAAACCAUUUGAUGUUGCCAAUUAUUUUAUUGAUUACUUCAUUGGCAAAGUGGGCAAACUUAGGCAGGAAAUGCCAACAACGAACAGUGAGCCAUCGUAUUCAUGCAUAAAAAAACAAAUGAUGAAAGAAAAGUAUUGCAACUUUGAAUUUUGUAAAGUUAGUGUGGGAGAGGUGGAAAAAUUAUUGUUAUCGAUCAAUAAUGACAAACCUCCUGGCAUUGACAACUUAGAUGGAAAGAUACUGAGGAUGGUAGCUGACUAUAGCCACUCCUAUCUGUCAUAUCUUUAAUCUGAGCCUAGAGGAAAGUCUUUGUCCUCAGGCCUGGAGGGAAGCCAAAGUCAUUCCGCUACCCAAGAGUGGUAAAGAGGCCUUUACUGGUUCUAACAGCAGACCUAUAAACUUGCUGCCAGUUCUUAGCAAACUGUUGGAAAAAAUUGUGUUUGACCAAAUACAAUGCUAUUUCUCUGUAAACAAAUUAACAACAGACUUUCAGCAUGCUUAUAGAGAAGGGCACGCAGCAUGUACUGCACUGAUACAAAUGACUGAUGAUUGGUUGAAAGAAAUUGAUAAUAAGAAUAUUGUGGGAGCUGUACUGUUAGAUUUUAGUGCAGCCUUUGAUAUUAUUGGCCAUAACCUGUUGUUGAAAACACGUACGUCCUCUGCCAUAUCGUGGAUUCAGAGCUUUCUAUCUAAUUACACUCAAAGGGUUUUCUUUACUGGAAGCUUCUCUAAUGUCAAACAUGUAAAAUGUGAUGUACCGUAGGGCAGGCCCCCUACUCUUUUCUAUUUUUACCAAUGACCUACCACUGGCAUUAAACAAAGCAUGUGUGUCCAUGAAUGCUGAUGAUUCAACCAUAUACGCAUCAGCAACUACAGCUAAUGAAGUCACUUAAAACCCUUAACAAAGAGUUGCAGUCUGUUUUGGAAUGGGUGACCAGUAAUAAACUGGUUCUGAACAUCUCUAAAACUAAGAGGAUUGUAUUUGGUACAAAACAUUCCCUAAAUUCUAGACCUCAGCUGAAUCUGGUAAUAAACGGUGUGGCUGUUGAACAAGUUGAGGAGACUAAAUUACUUGGCAUUACCUUAGAUUGUAAACUGUCAUGGUCAAAAUAUUAAAUGGUUGUAAAUAUGGGGAGAGGUGCUCUGCUUUUUUGACACCACACUCCAAAAAGCAAGUCCUGCAGGCUCUAGUUUGGUCUAAUCUUGAUUAUUGUCCAGUCGUGUGGUCGAGGAUAGGAAAGACCUAGUUAAGCUGCAGCUGGCCCAGAACAGAGCGGCACGUCAUGCUCUUCAUUGUAAUCAGAGGGCUGAUAUAAAUACUAUGCAUGCCAGUCUCUCUUGGUUAAGAGUUGAGGAGAGACUGACUGCAUCACUUCUUAUUUUUAUAAGAAACAUGAAUGUGUUGAAAAUCCCAAAUUGUUUGCAUAGUCAACUUACACGCAGCUUUGACACACACACUUACCCCACCAGACAUGCCACCAGGGGUCUUUUCAAAGUCCCCAAAGCGUCCAAUAUUCUAUAGAGCCAUUAUUGCAUGGAACUCCGUUCCAUCUCAUAUUGCUCAAGUGAACAGCAAACCUGGUUUCAAAAAACAGAUAACACAACACCUCAUGGCACAACGCCUCUCCCCUAUUUGACCUAGAUAGUUUGUGUGUAUGUAUUGAUAUGUAAGCUACGUGUGCCUUUUUGUAAUUUUGUAUUUAUUUAUGUAGUUCUGUCCUUGAGUUGUCGUCUAUUAAUGUUCUGUAUUAUGUCAUGUUUCAUGUUUUGUGUGGACCCCAGGAAGAGUAGCUGUUGCUUUUGCAACAGCUAAUGGGGAUCCUAAUAAAAUACCAAAGUGUCUAGACAUUUUUGGCACAGGUGGUAGUGGCUUGCCAUGUAACUGGGUUGUGGGUUUAAGGCCUGAUCCGGCUGUUCCCCCUCAAGCCCUACACACUCACAGUUUGGUUCAUUGAUCCUUACAGAAUCCUGAGGUGAAUAAAGAGCAAGUGGAGCAGUACCAUGCAGGACUGGAGAACAGCUUUCAGGAACAGAGUGCCUUGGCCUUGGAGGACAGGAAGACGACAUUGCUGAGAGUUAUGACUGAGAAACAUAACGGUGAGGGGGCGCCAUCACUCACAUCAGAUGACUAAUAGCCGAAUGAGAAGCCAGCGGGAUUCGGACGGUGCGGUGAGAGACCGUCUCGAAGCUCUGGACCACGGCUUCUCAUUCCCUCACACGGCCAUGGUGGUACAGCUGUACACAGCCUGAGCAAGACUGUCUCACUGUCCCGAGGUGUGCUGUUUGCUGGCCACAGACUGGCCCAUACCACGGGACGAGAGGUCAUAGUGUUCAGGGACCUAAGACGCCAGGGCUUCUACCUCACCUCGGCCGGGAAGUUUGGGGGAGACUACCUGGUGUACCCA